AAGAGGAGGGGGGGAGGGAAGGAGGGCUUAACAACAACACGGCAACAAAUUUUUCCCAAACCACUCCUUAAUUAGAGCAUGGCGGGGGGUUACACGCUCCUCGGUGACACAGAGGAGCGUGAGAAAGAUAAAAAGGCUAAUGGUAAAAUGGUGGAAAGCGAGACAGAGCCGUUACGAGUACCAGAUGAUCUUACCCUGACUCCUGAACUAACCUGUGACCCGCCUGGCCCUCCCCGUGACCUUAUCAGCGUCUUCGUGGUGACCUUUGACCCCAAGGAAGGAAAUCUUUUGGAGUGGUGUGUUCCCAAGGGCGUGUCGCUGGAUGGUGUUGAAUUCAGGGCCCUUAUUAGUGGAGCCCACACCAUCACAUCUGACUUCAUAUAUUUUAGACAAGGGGACUUUUACGGGACAGCCUGCUACAAGAAGAUGGCGCUGAUGUCCGAGUCGGAGAGAGGGGUGAGGAUGAAAAGUGUGGGUGUAGUAGUGUCUCAUUACAGUCAGCUACACCCGCACCUGCCCCACCUUGCCAAGUUCGUCAGAUACGUAUUGCAUCACCCAGGAAACUAUAAAAUAUUGCAAGAAUAUUUUGACGCACGUCGCGCGCCCUCCCCGCCCCCCACCAGCUGGCACGCUCCCCCCAGGGUAACCAGUGGAGGGUCCCCAGCGCCCCUGACACCCACCACCCCUGCCACCCCCUCCUCCCCAGCCCUGCAGGGCCCCAAUGACGGUACAAGGCAGUGGUUAGAGGAGAGCCCUUACCACUUCAUACAGGCCCUUGGGGAACAACUGGUGUGUCUGUGGCGGGCAUCACUUCUCUGCAAGCGGAUUUUACUCUUCUCCGAGCCCCCCAUAGGCUGGAAAUGUCAUUGGGUUUAUUUAAUAUCUCUCCUCGGGGCCCACAGUACCCCAGGCCUCCCUUCUGCUCUCCUGCGGCCCCUGUAUUAUGUUAGUUUGGCCGAUUUGGACCUCCUUGCCGACCAGCACGCUUAUGUUGCCUGCACCACAGAGAAGAUAUUCGAGGAGAAACCUGCGAUUUAUGACCUGUACAUCGAAGGUCAGAAGGUUCGGAUCAUCCACAAACUCCCAGCCAUUACGACCGUGACCCCAGAGGACCGCCUUAGACUCUCCACCUUGUUCUCCCAGCCUAACCUGACGCAGGGGGACCUCCUCGCCUUCUUCAGGGACUUAAACGACGCCAUAUUUGCGAUCCUGUACAGGGCUAGCAGUGUCGGUGGCUCAGGGGUGAUAGAAAAGGAAGAUUUGGCAGCAGUGGGGCUGAACAGACGCGACGACUGUGCGUUUGUGAGGGAAUUAGCCGCCACGCAUGGGUUUGACGUGAGUGUUAGGGGUGGUAGUGGGUGCGGGUGCUGUCCCUGUGUCUUGUGACGUGUGUGUGUGUAUGUGUGUGUGCGUGUGUGCGUCUGUGUGUGAGAUGAAACUCCUGAAACGUACGUAAACUGAAUUAAACGGGAAGACAGUAGCCAGGAUGUGUGUGUGUGUGUGUGUGUGUGUGUAUGUGAGCCUCCCCUCCACACGCAUGCACACACACACACGCACACACACAUAUUGCCUUAUCCCUGCCGAACACAAUCAGGGUUUUAUCAUUCAGAAGCUUAAUAGGCCCAGGGAGAGAGAGAGAGAGAGAGAGAGAGAGAGAGAGAGAGAGAGAGAGAGAGAGAGAGAGAGAGAGAGAGAGAGAGAGAGAGAGAGAAUAAGUGAUUUGGUUUAGCUAUGCAGGAAGAAAGAGAGAGAGAAAUAGAUAGAUUUAGAGAGAGAGAGAGAGAGAGAGAGAGAGAGAGAGAGAGAGAGAGAGAGAGAGAGAGAGAGAGAGAGAGAGAGAGAGAGA